AUGGGUAUAGUAUGUAGACAUGGUUUUCUUGCACUGAACCAAGCUGAUGUAACAAAAAUACCAAGACAUCUUGUUGUGAACCGAUGGACAAAAGGUGCUGGGAUGAGGCAUUCAUUGCAGUUCAAGGAAAUAUCAGAACAGUACAAUGCAAUUAAAGUUACAAAUCGUUUAGAUGGUGAGAGACUUGACUACCUGGAAGGGAAGUUGAAGGAGUUGAAGCACAGUUUGCGUGAAUCUAGUUGGAAAUCCGACACACAGAACAAAAAUGAUGUAAUGGAGUUUUUUGUUGGCUCAAAAAUACCAGCUGAAGUGAUUGUUAAACCUCCCAUUGAAGGUAGAAACAAGGGGUGUGGACGAAGAAUUGUUGGUGAUUAUGAGAAAUCAAUUAGUCAACGAAAGAAGAAGGUGCCAAGGCUGUGUAAUAUGUGCAAAAAAAUCGAUUUUCAUGACGCACGGACAUGCCCAUUAAAGAAAACAUUACAGCAGAGUGAUGUUUAA